AUGGUGCGUGGGAAGCGGUCGCAGGGCAAUCCUGAGGCGGCCGAAGCUUCCACCGCGGCUGCCCUUGAGCCUGCGAAGAAGGGAAAGAACCGCUCCUCGGGUUCUCUUUCCCAGCUUAUUCUUCAGGCCUUCGAGACCGGGCUUCCGCGGAAGGGGCUGACUUUGGCGGCCCUCAAGAAGUCCCUCACGGAAGCGGGCUUCAACGUCAACAAGAACAACAGCCGCCUCAAGAGGGAGCUCCGCACCUUGGUUUCUAACGGGCUCCUGGUCCGCGUCACCGGCAGCGGCGUGUCGGGCACGUUCAAGCGAGGCCGCGGUCGGGCGGCCAGAAAACCCACCAAGUCGGAAAAACGCAAAGCGAGAAAAGCCACGGCCGCCCAAAGAGCGUCUGCCAAGAACCAUAAGCCGAAAAAGCCCAGAAAGAAACAGCCGGCCGUAACUAAACCGAAAGGGCUUCAAAACCGAGCUUCGGCUGCUGUUUCCGAUCGGAAGCGCCAGUAUAACAAACAUCAGGCAGCGAAGAAACCUGGCUAA